UGCUGGAGAUCGUAAAGAGCGUUUUCAACAAUAUCAGCAUAAGCGUCAGCAAAGAAGAACCCGUUAUUGUGUGGGAAACGGAGUACUAUAAAUCAGUAUUCGACUUCCUCGGCACUGUGAACAGGAGCACCCUGCACAACUACUUUGGCUUUCAUAUACUUUUAAAUCUUGGAUCGCGUACAAGUGAGCGUCUCCGCAAUAUGGAACAUGAGCUGCAGAAAGCAGUCACAGGAGCCGCUAAGCCUAAAGAAAGAUGGGUGACGUGCAUCAACGAUCUUCAGAAAUAUGCUACCUUUGCAUUGGGACGCAUCUACGUAGGUAAAAUGUUCACACCUGAGGCUAAGGAGGAGACGAAGACAUUUGUGGAGGAGUUAAAGAAAACAUUCCACGAGCUCAUAGAAAACAAGACAUGGAUGGACAAUAGCACAAAAGAGAAGGCUUUGAAUAAGGUAGUGGUCAUCACAUUAUGGAACUCUCUCCACGACCAUUCGUAA